UUUUCCCGCAAUUCCUACCCGCCAUUCUCACCAAAUCACAGGAAGCAUUCUCUUCUUCCUUUUCUUUUUCGAUUAUCUAAAUCCAAACAAAUUCUUUUCCUGAAGAUUCUUUUCAAAAAGCCUGCUCAAGCACAAGCUCGCAGGAGGGGGGAGAGAGAGAGAGAGAGAGAGAGGAAAAAGGUGAAGAACUCUUUCGAUCUUCUCAAGAAACCCUAGACGAGUUCUCGUCAACUUGUUCCUUGGAGUGUCGUUGUGGCUGUAGCCGUUGUGUAGCUCGGGAAUCGAGCGAAAGAGGAUUUUUGUCGGAUGCAGAGCCGCGCGAAACUCUUCGUGCAGCUGCGUAGUGGAAAGAGAUGGUUCUUUAACCAGAUUAAGAGAAGUCUUGUGGUUUCUCCUGAGGUUUUGCGUGUUUCUGGUGACAUUUACGCGAGUCGGGGUUCUGUGGACGAGAUCCUCGUGAUCGAGCGACGCAUUUCGGUGAUCGUGCUCGGAAGUGAAGCGGAAGGGUGGUGGAUAAUGGAUUAGCCUGUGGUCUCCUGUAGGCUUCUUAGGGGGUGUCUAAUGCAAGAAUGUGGUUCUGUUUGAAAAUUAUUCGCUUAAAUCAGACUGACCGCAAGCUUCCUAGGCACAUGAAGGGUUGCGACUGAAUCUUCUAUGAGGACGACUUUGUUGGCCUCGUAGAUUUCUCAAGGGGAUUGGUGAAGAUGAUUCACUCAAUCUCGCGGAAGAAUGAGGCGGUCUUGGGGCCAAAGAAACGGACCUUGAAGGCCAAGGGACAGCAUUCUCUACAGGUCAUGAAGUCACUGCCUGUUGAUUGCAGAAUCUCCGGUCUUCCGGAAGCAGACUCUAGGAUGAUCGGGUUGGAGAGGAUCAUGACUUUUGAAGCCGUAAGGAGUAGUCCGGAUCACCGCAUUGUGGCGGAUUCUCGGAGUCAGAUCGUGGACCGGGGCAGUGACGAGUCCCCCUACGGUAGGAGUUUUGCUGUCAUUGAACGUGAUGAGGACGGCGAACUUUCAGGAAAGCCGCUGUAUUUACCAUUAAGUAACGAAUUGGGUUGGAGUGACCAUACCGUCUAUGGUGCGAAGAAGAAGCUUCGUUUUUGGAUUCAACUUCCAAAUGGACAAUGGGAACUAGGAAAGUUACAGUCAAGCUCUGAGGACGGUUCACAUCUCAUUUUGUUAGAAGGGAAAGUAUUAAAGGUGUCAUCCGAGAGCCUGUUGCCUGCAAAUCCUGACAUCCUUGAUGGUGUAGACAAUCUUAUGCAGCUCAGUUAUUUAAAUGAACCAUCAGUACUUUAUAAUCUUCAAUGUAGAUACUCACGAGAUAUCAUCUAUACAAAAGCAGGUCCCGUGCUGGUUGCUGUAAAUCCUUUUAAACCAGUACCAUUUUAUGGAAAUGGUCAUAUUGAAGCUUACAAGAGGAAAGUUAUUGACAAACCUCAUGUGUAUGCUAUUGCAGAUACAGCCAUUCGUGAAAUGAUACGAGAUGAAGUUAAUCAGUCCAUAAUUAUAAGUGGUGAAAGUGGAGCUGGUAAAACUGAAACUGCGAAAAUAGCAAUGCAAUAUUUGGCAGCCCUUGGAGGUGGCAGUGGGAUAGAGUAUGAAAUUCUGCAGACCAAUCCGAUACUAGAAUCUUUUGGCAAUGCAAAAACAUUGAGAAAUGAUAACUCAAGCCGUUUUGGUAAGCUCAUUGAGAUUCAUUUUAGCAACACAGGAAAAAUUUCUGGUGCCAAGAUUGAAACCUUUUUACUGGAAAAGUCAAGAGUGGUCCAGUGUGCAGAAGGGGAACGAUCAUAUCAUAUAUUUUAUCAGCUUUGUGCUGGAGCAACUCCUGCUCUUAGAGAAGGACUGAAUUUGAAGAAUGCUAACGAAUAUAAUUAUCUGAAGCAAAGCAAAUGCUUCACUGUCAAUGGGGUUGAUGAUUCUGAGAGAUUUCGUCAAGUGAAGGAUGCAUUGGAUGUUGUUCAUCUCAGUAAGGAGGAUCAAUAUAAUGCAUUUGCUAUGGUUGCUGCUGUCCUAUGGCUUGGCAAUAUUUCUUUUAGGGUGAUCGAUAAUGAAAAUCAUGUUGAAGUUGUUGAAGAUGAAGGAGUUCAAAAUGUUGCUAAGUUAAUAGGUUGCAGUAUUUUCGAUCUCAAGUCAGUUUUAUCAACUCGUAAAAUGCGUGCUGGAAGUGAGAAUAUUACUCAAAAGCUAACAUUGCCCCAGGCCAUUGACGCAAGAGAUGCAUUAGCAAAAUCGAUCUAUGCCAGUUUGUUCGACUGGCUGGUGGAACAGAUCAACAUCUCACUAGAAGUGGGCAAGCGGCGGACCGGUAGAUCUAUCAAUAUUCUUGAUAUCUACGGCUUUGAAUCCUUUCAUAGAAACAGUUUUGAACAGUUCUGCAUAAAUUAUGCAAAUGAGAGAUUGCAGCAGCACUUCAAUCGACAUUUGUUUAAGUUAGAGCAGGAGGAAUAUAUUCAAGAUGGAAUUGACUGGUCAAAGGUUGAAUUUGACGACAACCAGGAUUGUUUGCGCCUGUUUGAGAAGAGACCUUUAGGAUUACUUUCUCUAUUGGAUGAAGAAUCAAUGUUUCCCAAUGGUACAGAUUUGAGCUUUGCUGACAAGCUUAGGCAGCAUCUGGGUUCUAAUCAUUGUUUCAGAGGAGAAAGAGACAAGGCUUUCAGCAUUUGCCAUUAUGCAGGGGAGGUUUUGUACGACACAUGUGGGUUUCUUGAGAAAAACAGGGAUUUGCUGCAUAUUGAUUUGAUUCAACUUCUGUCAUCAUGUGCGUCCAAGCUUGCUCAGGUAUUUGCAUCAAAUAUGCUUCAUCAAUCCGAAAAGACAAAUGGCUCUCAGCAUAAGCCUGCUGGAGCAGAUUCACAAAAGCAAAGUGUUGCAAUGAAGUUUAAGGGCCAACUCUUCAAAUUGAUGCAGAGGCUGGAAAAUACCACCCCUCAUUUCAUUAGAUGCAUAAAGCCAAAUAACAUGCAGCUUCCUGGCAUGUACGAACAGCAACUUGUCUUGCAGCAACUGAGAUGCUGUGGAGUGCUGGAGGUUGUUCGCAUAUCAAGAUCUGGAUAUCCCACUCGAAUGUCACAUCAAAAGUUUGCUAGGAGAUAUGGAUUUCUUCUUUUGGAAAAUGUUGCAUCUCAAGACCCCCUUAGUGUAUCCGUUGCAAUACUUCAGCAGUUCAAUAUAUUGCCGGACAUGUAUCAAGUUGGCUACACAAAACUCUUUUUCCGAACUGGGCAGAUUGGUGCUCUUGAAGAUACAAGAAACAGCACUCUCCAUGGCAUACUGGGGGUGCAAAAGUGCUUUAGAGGUCACCAAGCUCGUUGCUAUUUCAAAAAGCUUAAGAGAGGAGCUCUCAUACUCCAAUCAUUCGUGAGGGGAGAGAAAGCAAGAAGGGAGAUUGCAAUGCUAAUUAAUAGGCAGAAAGCUGUAUGCAUCAUACAGCGACAGAUAAAGUGCAAUAUUACUAGAAAAAAUUAUUUGGCUAUCUGUGAUGCAUCAAUACUUAUUCAAUCUGCUAUUCGUGGUUGGCUUGUAAGGAAAUGGUCGAACAAGGCUGAUGUUCUUAAACUGGCCAGGACAUCUGACGAUACUAAGCCAGCUCCAUUUCAGCAGGUUGGUGCUCCAUCUCCUGGAAGAUCAAAGAAUGAGUCUGAAGCUCAGGAAUCUGAGACCAAUCAUGUCUUGGUGAGACCAUCGGAUUUAGCAGAACUCCAGCGGAGGGUUCUGAAAGCAGAAGCGGCUCUCAGAGAGAAAGAAGAGGAGAAUGACGUUCUUGCUCAAAAACUCCACCAAUAUGAGACGAGAUGGUACGGAUAUGAAUUGAAGAUGAAAUCAAUGGAGGAGACAUGGCAGAAGCAGAUGACAUCACUAAAGUCAAGUCUUGCUCAUGCAAAGAAGAGCCUGGCAGGUGAUGAAAUAGGCAGGAAGUCGGACGUCUCAGUUCAUGGUGGAGAAGAUGAUGGGGAUCACAGCUGGAGCAAUUCUAGUUCUGCCGAUAGAAAGGGACCGAGGAACCACUGUACCUUCUUGGAAAAGGAAAUGAACACUAGUUUGAGUGUGAUCAGUCGGCUAGCUAAGGAAUUUGAGCAGAGAACUCAGGUUUUUGAUGAUGACGUGAGAUUCUUGGAAGAAGUGAAAUCUGGUAAGGCUGAAGCGGAUCUGGAUGUCGAUGAUGAGUUAAAGAAACUAAGGAAUGACUUCAAAGUGUGGAAAAGGCAGUUCAACACAAGCUUACGUAAAUCCAAGGCAAUAUUACACAAGCUAGGAGGCCCGGAAGCAAAUGCAGAGAGGGCCAAGAAAAGAUGGUGGGGAAGGAGAACCAGCUCAAGGUUUUCCUAGGUUCAUUCAUAUGCUAAUUGAGUUUCUCGUAUUUUGUAUCUACGUGCUUAUAUUGAUUGGAAGUGUCCUGGACUCCGGCUGUGCGAUCUUCUAGUGAUUAUUUCGUAUCUCAUGUU